GGCCCGACCCAAUGUAGUUACGAAAACCCAGGAAUUGUUGUUUGAGGGGAAAACGGUGGCGAGGAGAGGUUUGAUAAGAAGAAAUGGGAUCCCAAACGGCUAAGAUCUAUCGCGAUCUUGUGAGAGCUGUGAAGAAACAUAUUGUGAAUGGGAAUGCCAAUGGGAAGGAACACACCAAGCCCCACUUUCUAGAUUUCGUAUCGUCUGAGUUCCAUAAGAACCCUAAUCUGCUUGAUACUGCAGCUCUUGAGCAGAAAUUAAAGCUUGCGCGCGAUUACACUCUCAUGCUUAACAGUGUCCACCAUCACAAGGAAUUGUUGUUCUCGUACAAUAUAGCGGUGGAUAGGUCAGAUGAAGUGAGAAGAACUCUUGGAAAAUCUGCUGCCAGCGUCGGUCUUCGCCUCCCUGAGAGAAUUCAAGUGAAAAGAGCUAUUGGGAUUUGGGACCGUUGUACUGUGAAUGAGAAGAGUCUACUAGUGGAAACGAAUAUCUCUUUCCCCAGCCAACAAACAAGCACUUAGCUGUUUAUACAAGGCAUAUUAUGGUUAAACAAAUCUUAGAAAAUGCAUGGCAAGUAAGAAUAACGCAUAUUUGGCAUUGCCUUGAAUGUGAAGUAUGAUGCAUCAUCAUCUUUACAACCUUGAAUGAAGAGCUUUUGAACUAUCGGCAAGAAAAGAACCCCAACGUUCUUUUCAUCCAUUUCUCAUUGGGAAGUCAUUGCUAUAUAUAAAACUAUCACUUGCACAAGAAAGCACAUGCAUAUCCUUGUUCUGGUAUUAGAGACAUUAU